AUGCAGGAAGAUAUGGAACUGAAAUCUGGGAGCGCUGUGCGAUCAGGGCCAGCUAGAAGUGGCAAUGGUGGCUAUGAGAGCCACACAUUUCGCCAGAAACAACAAUUGGAGAGAUAUCUCAACUUCUUCUCAUCGGUUGCCUUUUCGGCUUGUCUGCUUGCUACAUGGGAAUCUGCUGGUGGUAGUUUGCUCUCGGGGCUGUAUAAUGGCGGUCCUGCAGCGAUUGUUUAUGGAAUGAUCAUAAGCACUGUGGGGAAUAUGGCCAUCGCGUGCUCCUUGGCCGAGCUUGCAUCUUUACACCCAACUGCAGGUGCUCAAUAUCACUGGAGCUACUUCCUCGCGCCGCGUGGCCGUCGAUUCAUCAGUUUCUUCCAGGGCUGGAUCACUGUCUUCUCUUGGUCUGCCCUCGUUUGUAUCGCGCCAUACUUCAUCGGAACCCAAAUUCAGGGCAUGAUUGUGCUGGCAGACCCUACCUAUGAGCUUGUUAGAUGGCGCGGUACGCUGCUCAUGUGGGCAGUAGCAAUUAUCCCGAUCAUCAUCAAUAUCUUUGCGCGUCGUGUCCUAGGAGGCAUCGAAGUUGCUGCGGGUAUCAUGCAUGUUGUUUUCCUACCAGUCACUAUUGCAGUCUUCGUCAUUCUCGCCCCUCGGAACCCUAACUUCUUUGUAUGGGAUACCUUUGUUGAGGGCUUGAGUGGAUGGCAAAAUUCAGGAGUUGUGUUCUCUAUUGGUCUCCUUGGUGUUAUUACUCCCCUGGCUGGCGUCGACGGCGUAAUCCAUAUGGCCGAGGAAGUCAAAAACGCCAAGGUCGUUGUCCCCCGCUCCAUGAUCUACGGCACCCUAAUCAACGGAGUGAUGGCAUUCUCCUAUCUCAUUGCUAUCCUCUACUGUAUGGGCGACUACACCGAAGCUCUUACUAGCCCCACAGGCUACCCUAUUAUCACAAUCGCCUAUCAAGCAACCGGAUCUAAGGCAGCUACCUACGUUCUCAUGGCAAUGGGUAUGCUACCGGGCUGGAUCGCCCUCUUCAAUGGCCUUGCAUCCGUCACGCGUCUUACCUGGGCCUUCGCUCGUGAUAAUGGACUGCCCUUCUCGGACUUCUUUGCCGUCGUCGAUUCAACCUACAAGAUCCCCCUCCGUGCUUUGUUCCUAGUUGCAUCAUGCAUCUUCGCCCUCUCGUUUAUCCAGAUCGGAUCUACGGCUGCAUUCAACGCUAUUCUCUCGCUUAGCACGCUCGGUCUCUAUAUUUCCUACCUUAUCCCCCUUGUCCUUCUUGUCUGGAAGCGCUUCGCGGCGCCACAUGAUAUCCCACGAGGAACUUUUAGCCUAGGGAAAUUCGGCCUCCCUAUGAAUCUUCUUGCUAUACUCUUCGCGACCUAUUUCUCUAUCUUCCUUCCCUUCCCCGCGACGCUGCCGGUCACUGCUGAGAAUAUGAACUAUGCCGGGCCUGUACUUGGAUUUGUUAUGUUGUUUGCCUGUGGAGACUGGAUUGUUCGAGGUCGGCAUAAGUGGCAAGGCCCUACAAUCAGACAUUAUGAUGAUCGGAACGAGUGA